AUGGCGGGUACUGUUCAUCGUUACCCUAGGAGAAGGUACCGUCAAAGGGUGCAUGCUGAGCGUGCCAAACCACUCAAGCAAUACACAUCAGAAGAACUGUAUGCACGUUUAUGCUUUGGGAGAGAUGACAUUAAGUACAUUGCAGAUCUUGUCAGGCCAACACUCCAACACCAAACCCAAAGGAGUCAUGCUUUAUCCGUGGAGGAACAGUGCUUAAUCGCUCUGCGCUUUUACGCAUGUGGGACUUUCUACCAAGUAAUUGGUGACAAUAUGGGAGUGAGAAAAGCAACCGUGAGUAAUGUGGUGAAGGCUACGUCAGUAGCACUGGGCAGUCUGAUCAAUCAAUUUGUUUCCUUUCCCAAGGAUGACCCGAGCCAGACUAAGCACCAGUUUUUUCAAAUGGGGAACAUGCCUAGCACUAUUGGUGCUAUUGAUUGUACUCACGUGCAUAUCCAAGCACCUUGUGAAAGGGAGUGGGAGUAUGUCAAUCGAAAGGGGAGGCACAGCAUCAACAUCCAACUUGUGGGCAACGCCGACCUCAUAAUAACCAACUGUGUUGUGAAAUGGCCAGGGUCUGUUCAUGAUCCACGUAUUCUAAGAGAGAGUGCACUAUACAGAGAGCUUCAAUCCCACCGACCAAAUGGCAUAGUAUUGGGAGACAGCGCGUAUCCACUCCUACCAUGGCUAAUGACCCCUUUUCCAGUUGCAAACACACCUGAUCAGGCACGCUUCAACUCCUCACAUUGCAAAACAAGAUGUGCCAUUGAACGCUUAAAUGGAGUCCUGAAGAGACGGUUUGCAUGUCUUAACUACUUGCGAGUACAACCCAAGGUGGCAUGCAACAUAAUCCUUGCCUGUAUUGUUUUGCAUAACAUCGCCACCAGGCGUCAUGUCCCUCUUGAUGACAAUUUUGAUGGACCUGAGCCUGAUGUAGAACCAGAACAGCCGCCAAUGUUCUUUCCUAAUGAAGGACACCCUGGACAUGCAAUUAGAGAUGCAAUUGUGAGAAAUUACUUUUAACUAGGCUACUGAAUGACUGAGUAUAUUUGUUGUUGUCAUUGCC